UUUUAAUUUAUUUAAAAUAAAAAAUGACAUAAAGAUUCAUUGCUGGAUCUGGAUCAACACGUUCAACAUCUACACAAUACAAUAGUCACAAUCCCGGUUCGACCGGCUGAAACUUCCGGUCCAAUCUUCAUACCUACAUAUAUCACUUCCGGUCCAAUCUUCGCCCAACCCCAAAAGUCAAUGAGUCACCGCGCCGCGCCACUCGCAGACGAACCGCCGCAAUCCCAACCGUCAAAUUCCCUUCCUCACCGCAAGAAGAAGCGCAAGCGCAGAGCCGCUUCCUAUUCCGCCGAAGCCAGCUACGCCAAUGCUCUCCCUCAUCACGCCACUGUCGCGUGCGAUGAGAUACCUAAAUCGGAAAAGAGUGAAUCCACCGUUGGCGGCGACGCUUUCCGUUUCGGGGAGCUAAGGCAGAGAAGCGUCAACGGUCGCAAUGCUUUCGGAGACUCGGCGGUUACGGCCGUUGACGACGGUCAUGCGAAGGAGGUUAGUUCCGUUGGUGUUGCCACGUCAGCGACGGAGGAACCGUUUCAGUUUAAGCGUGUCUUGGAAUAUCAAAAUGAUUCUAUUUCGAACAAGUCACCUCUUGCAUACUUCUUGGAGAAAGUGUACCAUGGAAAUUCUGUGUGGAGCACAACAACUAUUGGGAAUGAAAAAGGACGAGAAAGAGUUUAUGACACUAUCUUCCGCUUGCCAUGGAGAUGUGAAUUGCUUAUAGAUGUUGGUUUCUUUGUCUGCUUCGAUUCGUUUCUGUCACUAUUAACGGUCAUGCCAACAAGGAUGGUGAUGACCAUUUGGAGGCUUCUGAAAACCAGGGAGUUCAAGAGGCCAUCUACAAUUGAGUUGUCAGAUUUUGGCUGUUUUCUCAUUAUGGCUUGUGGAGUCACUGUUUUGCAGCAAAUAGAUAUCAGCUUAAUAUAUCAUAUGAUCCGUGGUCAAGCAACAAUCAAAUUGUACGUGAUCUACAAUGUGUUAGAGAUAUUUGAUAAAUUAUGUCAAACUUUUAUUGGUGAUGUAUUGCAAAUGUUAUUUCAUUCAGCAGAAGAGCUUGCAAGAUGUCCCCCAGAUAAAGAAAGUACUAGAUUCUGGAUAUGGAGAUUUAUUUCUGACCAAGUUUUAGCAGUUGUUACUUCAAUUGUUCAUUCUUUUAUCUUGUUAGUUCAGGCAAUCACUUUAUCAGCCUGUAUUGUUGCUCACUACAAUGCCCUGCCUGCUUUGCUGGUGUCAAAUAAUUUUUCUGAGAUCAAAAGCUAUGUGUUUAAGGGAUAUAGUAAGGAUAAUGUUCAUAGUAUGGUUUACUCUGAUUCCAUAGAGAGAUUCCACAUCUCAGCAUUUGUCUUAUUUGUUUUGGCUCAAAAUAUUCUGGAGGCAGAAGGACCCUGGUUUGAAAGCUUUCUCAUUAACAUCCUCUUGGUUUAUCUUUUUGAAAUGGCUAUAGAUGUGAUCAAGCACUCAUUCAUUGCCAAAUUCAACAACAUUGCGCCCAUUGCAUAUUCUGAGUUUCUUGAAGUCCUAUGUAAACAGACUCUACAUAUGCAAACUGAGGGUGCAAGGAAAAAGUUGACAUUUGUCCCACUUGCUCCAGCAUGCGUGGUCAUUCGAGUUCUGACUCCGGUCUACGCUGCUAACCUUCCUUACAAUUCCCUUCCAUGGAGGCUUUCUGGGAUUCUGUUAUUUUCAGCACUAACCUACGUUAUGCUCACAAGCCUCAAAGUUCUUACUGGCAUGAUUCUACAGAAGCAUGCCAGAUGGUAUGUUAAUCGCUGUCAAAGGAGGAAGCAUCAUCUCCAUGCUGAUUAACUCGUGGAGCGCAACUAAAUUAAUGUAGUGAAGAGUGCAUGUGGAAAGAACCUGUUGAUAUAGUACUCACUUGGUGUCAUCAUCAGCGCUUGGCACACGCUUGAGUUCAACCAAUUGGUUUUUAAACUUGAUGGUGAGCCUGUACGAGUUCCUCCUUUGCAGCUAAUAGAAAAUAAUGUUCCAAAACACGAACAUUAAGUUAUUGGCUGUUCAUUAUUGAUGGCAUUCUUGUAACUUCAAGCAUCGUGGAAGCAAAUACAUUCCAAAUUUUUAUGUUGUUGUACCAUAGUUAUGCUCGUGCAAGAGUUGUUUUAAGCGUAGGCAGUAACCUCUACUACUGACUUCCCUUAAGGCUUAAGCUGUGCGAUCGAGGCUUAUGAAUGAUUUGUGUAUCUGACAUUAUCUACAUUUUCAUUCUUCCUCUUUUAUAUGCAGUUGUACACUAAGCAAAAAAAUUGUUAACGAGAAAAACGAAAAUGUCUUUUUUUACAUA